GGGGUAUUUACUCUCUGUUAAUAAAGUUAAGCAGCUCAAACAAACACUGACCUCUGACCCCUGUGAGGAACCAAUCACAGUGAGCUCAGAGGGUUGUGUUUAUCAGAGACGUCACUGAUGUCAGUGUGUGAUCGGGCUGUGAAGGUUCAUUAAUCUGUGACUGUAUGUGAACAUCACAUCCUCACUAAUGAUGCAUUGUUACUUUUAAUUUGAUGAAAAGGUGAGUAAAGGAUCAUUUUGUUUUGUUCUCUGUAUCCUCAGAUGUUCUUCUAAGGUGCAGACCUCCUAACGAGGAGACAGCGUUGGAUAGUAACACUACUAAUAGUGACAUUAGAAGUUUGAACUUUCCAGCAGCUUGGUAGGAGUGUCGCUGCUUUCUGACUCAAAUGAGUUGGUAAUGCCUUCAGGCCGCCGCUUUCUGAAUGUUUCAUACACUCUGCCAUCAAGCUGUUCAUCCUUGAUAAUAGCCACUAGAAGGAAAACGUCAUGGUUUUAUUUAUUGUCUUCUUGGGUGAUUCACAUUGUGGAUCAUGAUUUAAAUUCUACGUUGAUGAUCUGUCAUUACAUUUUCUGAAUGUAGUCUUUCAACUGUUAUCUGCAGUACAUCCUAGUAUGGCCGCCUAUCUACUCAUCAUUUACUUAUCUACUGUCAUUCUAAAUCUGUGCAGUUUAACCUCACCUGGCCCUCAGGUGUGAUAUACCAUUUUGUCCACACGAGGGCGCCAGUGUUCCAGUGAGCAUCUCUGUUUGUGUAUGAAGGUGUUUCGCUCUGGGUAGACCACAGAAGACAGCAGCAGAACACAGUUUGUGUUUGGCGUCUAUAGCUCGUCACAGUUUUGAUUUGAAUGCAGAAAUUUGAGGAGUGACGGGACGAUGUCUGAAGCUGAGGAGCGCUUUAACUUUUAGUUUUUGGGAUAAGAGGGUGGAGCUUGAGAAUAGUGUAGUGGCUCCGCCCACAUCUUAUGUACAGUCUAUGAUGGCUCAGUCCUGGUUUAAUUUCUCUAACUGUCUGUCUCCUCUGCAGGUCGUCAUGGAUACCAUCAGGACUCGUCUGAGACAGUCAACCUCUGUGUCACUCCAGCGCUCAGUGGGCGUGGCCGAUGAUGAGGAGGCGGCAGGAGCGCAGAGGGUGGAGCUGAGGUUUGUGACACCAGAGGCCGAGGAGGAAAUGGAGGCGGAGCCCAGCAGUGACAUCGAAGCAUUGAUGCUUGGACAUCGCUAUGGAAACCGGAAAACCUGUGUGCUUGUGUGUGCGUGUGGAGUUGUUCUCUUCACUACAGCUUUCCUAUUGGCCUACGCUGUGUUAGGUGGGUUGUGCCCCUGCUCCAAAAUGGGGGGGCAAGGUGAGGAGGAUGAAGAGCCAGGGGGCGGUACAAAGCUCCCUGCAGAGGGAGGGGUGGGGCUUUACCUGGGAGAUCUCAGGGUGAUGAUGAGGAGGCUACUACAAGAUGAAGAUAUCUUCAACACAGUCAGUCGAGUCAGCAGAGCGAAUCAUCCCCCGGGUUCCUCAGAGGGGACGUCUCUGGCCUCAGAGAUUCUGGGACGGUUCAGACAGCUGCAGAUGGAUCAUACCUGGACCGAGUCUCUGUACGCCACGCUGCAGUUCCCUGAUAGGUCUCAGAGGAGCAGUCUGUGGUUAGUGGACUCUUCAGGACAGAUCUCAGAUCAGAUUCCUUUGAACCCGUCAGAUUUCUGUCCAUACAGCGCCACAGGAAGUCCCACGGGGGACGUGGUCUACGCAAACUACGGCCGCCCUCAGGACUUUAAUUGGCUAAAGAGCGCGGGGGUGUCCGUGGUUGGCUGCGUGGUAGUGAUGCGUGUUGGGGGCGGGGUCAGUUUUGCUGAGAAGGUUUGGUUGGCUGAGAGAAACGGAGCGAGUGGAGCUUUGAUCUAUCCAGACCCUGCUGACCUGCCGCAGGACCCUCGACGCCUCGGACUGAACACACACACCGCUGUGUCCGAACAUGUCCACCUGGGACCAGGAGACCCCUUCACCCCCGGCUUCCCCUCCUUUAACCACACUCAGUUCCCGCCCAUCCAGUCCUCCGGUCUGCCCCUCAUCCCAGCUCUGCCAAUCAGUGCCACCAUAGCUGCAAAGCUGCUCAGUCAGCUGACAGGACCGCCCUGUCCUCCGUCUUGGCGUGGCCGGCUGCCGUAUGUACACUGCGUGCUCGGUCCACGGUUCAGCUCGGGACGCAGAGUGAAGAUGGCGGUCCACAACGUGAUGACGCCCGUCCUGCUCAACAACGUCUUCUCCUCCCUGGAGGGCAGAGUGGAGCCAGACCAGUACAUCAUCUUGGGAGCUCAGAGGGACUCGCUCGGACCAGGAGCCGUGAAGUCCGGGGUCGGAACGGCGAUGCUCCUGGAGCUGGCUCGCACCUUCUCCGCCAUGGUGAAGAACGGUUUCAGUCCCAGACGGAGUUUGCUGUUCGUCAGUUGGGAUGCCGGUGAUUUUGGGAACGUGGGAGCGACUGAGUGGCUGGAGGGUUACCUGUCCAUGCUUCACCUGAAGGCCGUGGCCUACUUCAGUCUGGACCAGGCCAUUAUGGGUGACGAUGUCCUGUCCGCCUACAGCAGUCCUCUCCUGCUCGACCUGGUUGAUGCUGCUAUCAGACAGGUGGAGCAUCCUAAACAUGCAGGUCAGACCAUCUACAGCCAGGCAGAGAGAGAGGGAGGAAGCUGGAGGAUCAUGAAGCCUCUGUACCUGAACAGUGGAGCGUACAGCUUCACAGCAUUCGCAGGAGUACCUGCUGUCGAGCUUCGAUUCACCGAGGAGCGAGCGUACCCAUUCAUAAACACGCCGUUUGACAGCGCCUCCCGCCUCCAGGAAGUACUAGGGGGUCGUCUGGGGGUCACAGGGCGACGCUUGGGGGAGCUGGUGGGGGAGAUGGUUCUGCGAUUGGCUCACGACCACAUCUUACCGCUACGCAUCACCUCCUAUGCUCAGACAGUGCUGCAGUUCAGCGCUCAGCUCAACAGACACUCUGCAGAGCUGCAGGCCAGAGGUUUGUCUCCUCAGUGGGUGUUCAGUGCCAGAGGGGAUUACAGCCGAGCAGCCGAGACGCUGCAAAGAGCCAUCGACUACAGCGACAUGCACGACCAGACCACCGCCCGCUCCUACAACACCCGCAUCAUGAGGGUGGAAUACUACUUCCUGUCUCAGUACGUCUCGGCGGUGGAGACGCCCUUCCGUCACGUGAUCCAUGGCCGUGGUGAUCACACCCUGAGCGCGCUCGUCGAACACCUGGCCCUGCUGACCUCUGACCCUGAACGCUUUGACGAGAAGCGCUUCAGACGACAGCUCGCCUUCUUCGUGUGGACACUGCAGGGCGCCGCCAACGCCCUGAACGGAGACGUGUGGAGCAUCCACAACACACACACGUACACACAAUGACACAGUACACCAUUUCUAAUAAUAAAAACAAUAAUAAUGCUGA